CUGAUCUGUAUAAUACAGUCAUGACCGAAUUAUUAGGUCACAAUAAUAAUUUAAUUAGCAAUACAAUUACUUCUCCAAAUGAUCUGUUACAAAAUUACCAUACUCAAAUUGCGAUAGCUCACCAGUAUCUUCACCAAUCCAAAAAAAUGGGAAAUAGAAAAGCGGUAUUGUGGUAUAUCUAUUAUUUAGGUGAAAUUUUGGAAAAUAUACCAUCUGAAGAAAGACCGUCUUGUUCCAAGCAACUUUCCCAAUAA